GUCAAAAAAUGGAUUCACCGCUUGCUCGGGAAAAACCCCUUGCUUAAUCCGUAUCAGUCGAUUUGCGACUGUCUACUCCUGAUUUCCGAGCUCUCCACAUCCCCUCUUAUCCCGAUCAGAAUUUUGGACGACUACCUACCUACCUACGCACUACAGACGGCUCUGGUCGCACACGACUCGACUAUAUCAAUGUUGGGGACCUAGGAUUGCAGCCCCCGUUCCCACUCCUCUCCCACCCUCUCGAUAGAGAAACUCCAUUGAGAGCACUGUCUGUUGAUCAAGUCCAUCAUCUCUGCGCUCUGUUCAAUACGGACUUCUCAAUAUGUCGACAUCAUCCACAAUUACCCAGCCGUCGAGGCGCAAUGCAGUCGCCAAAGGCAAGCCUAGCACCGACGAUAUCCCCCUGCCCCCAGACUCGGAGCGCGACCCUCUCGAGAUCAAGCAUCGAGACUUCUUCUGGACCUACACCGAGGAACCGCACCGCUCGCGCCGCCUCGCCAUCAUCAAGGCUCACCCUGAAGUGACCAAGCUUUGCGGUCCGGAACCCCUGACCAAGUAUGUCGUUUUGGGCGUUGUGGCUCUCCAGGUCGGCCUAGCAUAUGCCCUCAGGAACACGUCUUUCUUCAGCUGGAAGUUCUGGCUUGUGGCCUACGUCUUCGGUGCCACGUCGAACCAGAACCUCUUCCUGGCCAUCCACGAGAUCUCCCACAACCUCGCCUUCCGCUCUCCACUUGCCAAUCGCCUCUUCGCCAUUGUUGCCAACAUACCUAUUGGAGUGCCCUACUCCGCCUCUUUCCGCCCUUACCAUCUAACCCACCACAAAUCCCUCGGCGUCGAUGGCCUCGACACUGAUCUCCCUACCGCCCUCGAGGCUGUCUUCCUCAACUCCAUCCUCGGCAAGGCCUUUUUCUGCACCUGCCAGAUCUUCUUCUAUGCCAUCCGUCCCAUGACCAUCUUCCGCAUUCCUCUGACCUGGGUUCACUUUGUCAACAUUGCCGUCCAGCUCGCCUUCGACGCAGCCCUCGUCCACUUCGCCGGCCCCCGAGCCCUACUCUACCUCCUCCUCUCUUCAUUCCUCGCUGGCUCCCUACAUCCGCUCGCCGGCCACUUCAUCGCCGAACACUACGUCUACGAGACCGUCACCCCGGCCCAGCGGGACCCCGCCAACCGCAUCCCCGUCCCCGAAACCUUCUCCUACUACGGACCCCUGAAUUUCUUCACGUACAACGUUGGCCUGCACAACGAGCACCAUGACUUCCCCGCCAUUCCCUGGACCCGUCUCCCCGCCCUCCGUCGCAUCGCGAGUGAGUUCUACGAGGACCUCCCCUACCACCGCAGUUGGACCUACGCCAUCUGGCAGUUCAUCUUCGACCAAAAUGUCGGCAUGAACUGCCGCGUGAAACGCAAGCAGGGCGGUCGCAAGGUUGGCGGCGCCGUUGAAGCGGCAUGGAAACAAGAAGAAAUCGAGGCGUGAACUGUACAGUACAGACACGAUGCAAGGCACAUGCGAGUGGAUGGUACGGCCCAACGGUAUAGCAGCUCCCGAUUGUCAUUGCUAAGCAUGGCUAUAUUGUUGCCCGUUUUCCGAUUAUGUAUACAACUAGGGGUUUUGGAAGUAACUUCGUAGUGGGCGGGAAUUGGCCAUGUCAGCGACCAAAGUAGCCCUGGUGGCAUGGUGAUGACAUUGAGACAAAGAAAAAAGACGCGCGGGAAGAGACAUGUAAUGAAAACCGAUAUGAGCUAGCCUAGCCAGGUGGAAAUCAAGACGCAAGGGAAUAGAUGUACAGUAAAACGGUUCAUCCAGUACAACGGCCCUGCCUCUCAUAAUAACAUAGCCUUCGCCGGGGCGGAAUUACCGCGACUUCCUCCU